AUGGGCCACUCGAAAUUUACAUGGAAAGAUUUGAUUGAUCUUAAUAAUAAGGAUAAAGCAUACUUGUCAAACUUAGCUUGCUUAGCACACAUUGAUGUGAAUGCCUUCUUUGCUCAGGCAGAGCAAAUACGUUGUGGAUAUUCAAAGGAUGAUCCAGUGGUAUGUGUACAGUGGAAGUCAAUAAUAGCUAUAUCAUAUGCGGCUAGAAAACACAACAUUUCAAGAAUGCACACUAUCCAGGAAGCACUAAAAAAGAGCAGUGAUAUAAUACCCAUCCACACCGCUGUCUUCAAGAAGGGCGAGAAUUUUUGGCAAUACCACGAUGGUUACGGCUCUUGGAAUGAAGAUCCUGCGAAACAAUUACCACCGGAAGAAUAUAAAGUUUCACUUGAACCAUAUAGAAGGGAGAGUCGGAAAAUAUUAAAGAUCUUCCGGGAAUUUUGUGACCAUGUUGAGAAAGCCAGUGUUGACGAAGUGUUUCUAGAUCUAGGCAGAUUGUGCUUCCGUGAUUUGAUGUUCCCGAAUGUGGAAGCUACUGAUGACGAUGACUAUAAUAUAGUUGCAGAAAAUCCACUUCGAGAGUUGUUUGUCAACGGUGACUACAAGUUGGAUAUGCCGCUACCACCAGUGCCUGAAGCUUUAAAAAAGCUAAGUUACUGUGGUUUGGUAUAUAAUCAUGAAGAAGCUCCCGUUAUUCAAGACUGGGACGACGUCAUCUUUGCAUUGGCGUCAAAAAACACACAACUGAUUAGGAAAACAAUUCAGGAUAAUCUAGGUUAUACCACAUCAUGUGGUAUUGCAAGAAAUAAGAUUUUGUGUAAGCUCGGUUCCAAUUACAAAAAGCCUGACGCCCAGACUGUCAUUCGGAACAAUGAUAUACUAGAGUUUUUAGAUCAAGGUGGUUUUGAGAUAACGUCCUUUUGGACACUUGGUGGUGCUCUAGGGAGGGAGUUAGAAGGGCUGCUAAAUUUGCCUGAAAAGGAUACCAUCAAACACAUUCGUGAAACCUGGCCAGCUAACCAUAAGCAGUUAAGGGAUUAUAUUGAGACCGAAUUGGAUGAAGCGGAGAACAAGAAAAAAUAUCCCGUUGUUGCAGGAAGCAAGCUUGAAGUUUUGUCUGACAAACUCUUCAGCAUGGUUCGAGGCACAUUUUCUACACCUAUCACACCAAAACCCUUGAUACAAAGCAUGAUGUCAAAUAAAAAUCUUCGAGGGAAGUCAUGCAACAGCCUUGUUGAUUGUAUCAGUUGGUUGGAGGUCUUUAACGGUGAAUUGACAGCUCGGAUUGUUGACUUAGAGCAGGAUUACAAUAAGAUUGUUGUCCCAAGAACGGUUUCUUUGAAUUUAAGAUCAUAUACCGGAGAUGUACGACGGAAAUCUGGGCCGCUGGUAAUUAACAAUUCAAAGUAUCUAAGUCGAGAUCUACUGAAGACAUGUGUAAAAUUGAUGCAAGAGAUCCAUGACAAGUUUGCGGCCAAAGAUCCCAGUAAAUUUUACCCACUGAUAAAUCUAAAUGUUAUCAUAUCAAAUUUUGAUAUACUAGACCACCAGAAAACGGUGCUUGAUAUGUUUGGUAACCAAAAGCAAGUCUUCAAUACAAAGACAAUAUCCCCUAAAAUAGAACCCGUCACUGAGGUAGAGGACAAAGAUGAAGACGCCAAGAAAUUCAGUUGUGAGAAAUGUAAGGUACAUUUUGAUAAUUUGAAAGAGUACGAUGAACAUAAGGACUACCAUGCUGCUCUGAAGCUAUCAGAAAGUUUGAACGGGGUAGAAUCAACUUCCAAGAACCUCUCUAUAGGUGAGAAGCGGCUGUUAUUUUCAAAGGAGAAGAGAGUAAAGAAGAAACCCAUUUCUAAAAACAAAGUUAACAGUAGUGGUAAUAUAUACAACUUCUUUAAUAAAAAAUAA